UCGCUUUGCGAUCAAGGCGCCCCCUUUGGCUCUAGUCAUUACAAGUGAUCAUUGCUCAAGAAUAAGAAGCCAAGUGGUAUAUAUCGAAGCCUUUGUGGGCAUCAUUUACAGAUUUUCUGUAAACAUAUAAUGCCAUAAUGUUUCCCAUAGCGCCAGGUAUCACCAGCAUACUGCACAACCAGCAACUUAAUGGUGGACAGACUCCAUUUUCAGCCUUCCCUCCUAUGCAGGAAGGGCAGUCCUCCAUUCCAUUUUCAACAUUUCCAACAGAAGGUCAAUCUUCGGGACUACCCUUCACCUCGUUCCCAACAGAUGGUCAGACUUCGAUUCCGUUUUCGGCAUUCCCACCAGUCCAGCCCCCAGAAGGAGGAUUUGCCUUUCCCCCACCCCAGCCUCCUCCAGGCCCGCCAUCAGGACCUCCUGGGCCACCAGGUCCUCCACGACCGGCUGAUUUCGUAUGUCCACCCCGUCCCAACCAAGGGACCGAGGGAAAGCCAAUCCUACUGCGUGCCAAUCAUUUCCAAGUCCGUAUUCCAAAAGGGGUCAUUCACCACUACGAUAUCUCCAUAGUGCCUGACAAAUGUCCACGGAGGGUCAACAGAGAGAUAAUUGAAACAAUGGUCACUGCUUAUAGUCAGAAAAUCUUCUCAGGUCAGAAACCGGUGUUCGAUGGACGCAAAAAUCUCUAUAGCCGUGAUCCACUUCCCAUUGGUCGGGACAAGGUGGAGCUAGAAGUCACACUCCCCGGGGAGGGAAAGGAUCGAGUUUUCAAUAUCACAAUGAAAUGGGUCCAGCAGAUCAGUUUGUUUGGCCUGGAGGAAGCACUACAGGGUCACACACGAGAAAUCCCACAGGAUGCAAUCACGGCUGUCGAUAUAAUCAUGCGCCACUUGCCGAGUAUGACGUACACCCCUGUGGGACGUUCAUUUUUCUCACCACCAGAGGGUUACGAUCAUCCCUUGGGUGGGGGUCGAGAGGUGUGGUUUGGUUUCCAUCAAAGUGUAAGACCCUCCCAUUGGAAAAUGAUGCUCAAUAUUGAUGUCUCUGCCACUGCCUUUUACAAAGCCCAGCCUGUGAUAGAGUUUAUGUGUGAGGUGUUGGAUAUUAAAGAUGUCAACGAACAGAAACGCCCCCUUACUGAUUCCCAGCGCGUCAAAUUUACAAAGGAAAUUAGAGGCGGUACUUAUAUUCCAGGUCUGAAGGUGGAGAUAACUCACUGUGGCACCAUGAGACGUAAAUACCGUGUGUGUAAUGUCACCAGACGUCCCGCACAGACACAGUCGUUCCCUCUCCAGCUGGACUCUGGACAGACAGUAGAAUGUACAGUAGCUAGGUACUUUCUGGAGAGAUACAAAAUGAAACUGCAAUACCCCCAUCUGCCUUGUCUACAAGUAGGCCAAGAACAAAAACACACUUACCUCCCCUUAGAGGUGUGUAAUGUAGUAGGAGGACAGCGGUGUAUAAAGAAGCUGACCGACAUGCAGACCUCCACCAUGAUCAAGGCAACAGCCAGGUCUGCCCCAGACAGAGAGAGGGAAAUCAACAAUCUUGUGAGGAAAGCCAACUUCAAUGCAGAUCCUUUUCUACAAACAUUUGGAAUAAACAUAAAUCCGAUGAUGUGUGAUGUUCAGGGCCGUGUUCUUCAUCCACCUAAAAUUCUCUACGGGGGACGGCUUGUGAACCCGGACCUAUUUCAGACCAAAGCUCAGGCAGUGCCAAACCAGGGAGUGUGGGACAUGAGAGGGAAGCAGUUCUACUCGGGCACAGAAAUCCGUGUCUGGGCCAUCGCUUGUUUCGCACCACAACGAACCGUCAGGGAAGAUGCACUUAGGAACUUUACCCAGCAAUUGCAAAGAAUCUCGAACGAUGCAGGCAUGCCCAUUCUUGGGCAGCCAUGUUUCUGUAAAUAUGCCACUGGACCAGAUCAGGUAGAGCCCAUGUUCCGAUAUCUCAAAAACACAUAUCAAGGACUGCAGCUGAUAGUGGUGGUGCUGCCUGGGAAAACACCUGUCUACGCUGAGGUAAAGCGGGUUGGCGAUAUUUUAUUUGGAUUAGCCACACAAUGUGUUCAAGCCAAAAAUGUGAACAAAACAACACCCCAGACUUUGUCUAAUCUCUGCCUCAAAAUCAAUGUCAAGCUUGGUGGAAUCAACAACAUCCUGCUGCCCAGUAUACGUCCCAACAUAUUUAGAGAACCUGUAAUUUUCCUCGGUGCAGAUGUCACUCACCCUCCAGCAGGAGACGCCAGCAAACCAUCCAUAGCUGCAGUUGUUGGCAGUAUGGAUGGACAUCCCAGCCGUUAUUCCUCGACAGUUCGAGUCCAGCAACAUCGACAGGAGAUCAUCCAAGAGUUGUCUUCCAUGGUACGGGAACUUCUCAUCCACUUCUACAAGGCCACACGCUUCAAACCAACUCGAAUUAUCUUCUACCGGGAUGGAGUCAGUGAAGGACAGUUCCAGCAGGUGUUGCAACACGAGCUGCGUGCUGUGCGAGAGGCCUGCAUGAAACUAGAGUUAGGUUACCAGCCAGGAAUCACAUUCAUUGUCGUGCAGAAACGCCACCACACCCGACUUUUCUGUGCGGAUCGGAAAGACCAAAUAGGACGUAGUGGAAACAUUCCCGCGGGAACCACAGUGGACGUUGGGAUCACUCACCCUACAGAGUUCGACUUCUAUCUGUGUAGUCAUGCUGGAAUACAGGGCACCAGUCGUCCGUCCCAUUACCAUGUACUGUGGGACGACAACAGAUUUAACGCAGAUGAACUCCAGACACUGACCUAUCAGUUGUGUCAUACUUACGUCCGAUGCACUCGCAGUGUGUCCAUUCCCGCCCCAGCCUAUUAUGCCCAUCUAGUCGCCUUCCGUGCUCGUUAUCACCUGGUGGAAAAGGAACACGACAGCGGAGAGGGAAGUCGUCACUCCGACAACAGUGAGGACAGAACUCCAACGGCCAUGGCUCGAGCUGUGACUGUCCACCCAGAUACAACCAAGGUCAUGUACUUUGCCUAAUGAGGGGAGAUCAAUCCACAGUGAUUCUUUCGAACUUUUGGAGGGAGAUUUUGAUCCCCAAUUUUAUAAGGCAGUAUUUUAUUUAGUGAUGUUGACUUGGAUUUCUGUUAGAAUCAUUGUGGGGUAUUAAUUCUAUUUGUUGUAUAGAAUGAUGCUUUUAUUUUUGGUUGUUCUUUUAAUUUUUUUUUUUUUUUUUUUUUUUCUCAAGAAACUUUGCAGACCUGGUAGAGCAUACAUUCCACAUAUUUGUAUAAAUUUUUCGGGUUUUUAUUUUAAUGAUGCAUCUUUGACACAAUUUUGCGGCUUUGUGUUGCCAACGAAGAUGCAUGUGGUGCUUAGAAGCUCAAAGUAAUUAUUUUCUGCCAUAAAUGAUAAAUCUCAGCCGACAAACUGUGCUGACAAAGAUGCCAUUUCACGUGAAGCAUAUCUACAUUUCAGUCAUUCCAUGUGUUGGUGGGUGUAAUCCCUCAAUGACAUAAUACUCCCCCCUCCAUUGUAGCUUAGCAUAUCAUUGUUGUACUAGCUCACUGUUUAUUUAUGUUUAUUUUUAACUUGCCAUAGUUUAUUUUAUAGUCCCACCAAAGGAGAGGUCCACCAAUUAAAUAAACAAAAAUUACCACCUGCCAAGGGAGAAAACCCAGAGUCCUUUUAUUUGCUACUUUUAUUUUCCUCGGUGUAGUCCCGUUUGUGUAGGUGACCUAUGUAUGACUGUAUAAUUAUUAUUGAUCUAUUGUUGAGGACUAGGGGAGAGUCCAGUCAAGAAUGAUUUAAAAAAAAACUAUUUUAAAAAAAAAAAAAAAACCUGUGACCUUAUGACCCUGCAUAAUUAGUCUAGUCAUGUUGUGUAAUGAGCAUAUCAUGUCGUCAUGGUGAUGUUGUAUCCAUAUCAUUGAGCCUUCCAAAUGGAUAGGGAUGCCCUGCAGCAUUUAAAUGUCUACUUACUGACGACAACACGCCUUGCCUGUGAUACGCUCCAGUGAUUGCCAAGGUCUGCUGGUUACUUGGUGUUGUGUAUCCUAGGCUUCAGUCCCAUGAUAAACAGCAGGCGUUGUAGGUGCUAGUACAAAUAUUGUAAAACAAAAAAUCCCCCUUUCUCUCUUUCCCUUAUUGACAAUCUCCAAUAUAUCUAUAGCCCCUCCCCCACCCCCGCCCCCCCAAAAAUAGAGUGUGCAAUAAGUAGGCUUCAGAUUUUAUAGCACAAAAUAUCGUGAUAAAAACAGUAACUACUGAAAAUGACAUCAUUCCGUGAUAAACUGUUGUAAAUAAGAUGUGCUCAAAGUGUAUACAAUGAUUUUUAAUUGUCAAGUUAUUUUUAAAAUAUUUUAAAGGAAUCUGAACUGUGUGUUCUAUGCAAUUCCCCCCUAGGAAUUAAUUACGCCGCAUUGUUUAUAUCCCCUUUUCUUCAGGGGAUGCACAAAUGAAGGCUUGGCUAGGGAUUCAUGCAAUAGAUAAUUUACUCUUCCUCCAUCAGCUUGUCAUAAUCAGAAUAUUUAUGGCUUUGAAUGAAAUCAACCCGACACAUGUUACUAUCACUGAUUAGGUGAUGACCAUUUUGUGAGGUAUUUGUGUUACAAAGAAACAUUUUGGCAUUUUUAACAAAAUUGUGUACUAAACGUAUGUAUUUAUGUGCCAGUAUAUUAAUUUUUGUGUGGAGUGGAUCUCAAGAUUAUUUAUAAUCCCAUAUUUAUCAUUGUCUAAUGUCGUGCCAUGCCAUAAACCGUAAUCUGAAAUACCAAUAAUUGACCACGAUAUCCAUAGACCUUGUGUCCCCUGCUCCAUAAUGACCGGCAGUUUUAAGGAACAGGGUCUGACCUAUAGUAUUUUUGUAGAGAAGAUUCUGAGAUUGACCUGUAUUUAUUUGAAUGCAUCACUAGUCCAAGGAAGAUAUAUAUCUUGAGAGAUUACAUAAGCACUAUUAAUAGACUUGGGAGAUUUGUCAUUUUACUCGUGAUGUACCAAAGUUGGCAUCUUUUUCUAGUGAUAUUUAACUGCAGCAUAUUUAUAUGACCUUGUAUUGCCCUCGUUUAUUAUGGUUGUUGACUACAGAGAGAGGAUGCAUGCACAUAAAAAAAAAUCCUUUGCAAUAAACAUGAACAGAGUAAAUUCAGGUGAAGUCCUCUCUCUGUACCGUAUGUUGUGGUGGUGAGCAUGCCUAGAUCUCUGUGUGUACACCAUGAGUUUGACGGUCGUACUGGGCUCUGGGCAGCCAGUAUGGCUCAAGUCUGAGGUGUUCUGGUGUGCAGUCGACCAAUCAAAAUUAACUCAGAGCAAUGCUCACCACACUUAGGAAAGACUGGGUAUGUAUUUUAGAAUUUGUGUGGACCGACACCACACUAUUUGUGUUUACGUUGUUCAUUUUUAUGUACCGAUAGAUUUGUUGACUGUAUGUUGUUUUAAUAAGGAAUAACUUUGCAUCAGAUCAGUUGUGUUGACAGAAAAUAGUUGUGCUCCAAUAUGUACUGGGUUUUAGAAUUCCAGCUUUGAUUCAGUGAAAGUGAAUCUUGCUCUCUUUUUUUAAGUGAAUGUUUAGAAUAAAGGCACUUUUUUUAUUCCCUUAGAAUUUGUUUUGAUACAGGUCCUAGGACUGGAGCUGAAAUUGACAGUAUUGAAUGAUUUAACCAAUUUGAAUGAAAGAAUGCAAGACAUGGAAUGAAUUACAACUGUUGAUUGUAUAUUGAGUUUUACAAUGUACUACUGGUCUUGAUUUAGUUAUUAUGCAAUCAUUGAGGGCUGUGGUUAUAUUAUAUAUACAUAUAUAUAUAUUUUGUGAUUAUUCUGUUUUUAUUAUGACACACCCUGGUGCUAGGAGAUUUGAUCAGAUAAUGUCAUGCUUUAAUAAUCAGUUUAAUAUAAUACAACUUUCCUGAACAAAACAACAUGACCCCCUAGGUCAUCAUUCACAAACAUAUGAACUACAAGUUUUUAUUAUUGUCACAAAAUCAAAGCCUGUAUAUUUUUCUGAUGCUGUGUGUUUGGAUAUUUUAAACUUUACCAAAAAAAAAAGAAGAAAAAGGAUUAGGAAAGCAAAGAUCGAGUACCUAUAAAAACUAUUAUUACUCACACAGAUGCCUUUGCAGUGCAGGUUUUGUAACAGAUCUAUUUUAUUUUACAAAAACUUCAAAACUUGAGAGCAAUUUUUUUUUUAGAUCUUUUGGAAGCCCAGAUCUGCUGAAUUUCUUCAAAAUAAGUAAAGAAAUCUCCAAAUUAUAUUUUCUACCAAAAUCCAAACCAAACCUGAAUUCACUCUCCUAUGCAAAGAUCUCUCUUACUGCAGUAUUGACAGUUUUUAAUAUGGAUCCACAGUCUGUCACCAUGUAUAUGGGCAUUUUCUGAACUGUAUGGACCCAGCAAUAUCGACUUUCUGCUAAAGUUGUGGAGCUAUUUAUAAAUAUUAACCUGUUAUAUUUUGGUGUUGACUUUAGUGUCAUUGCAUGUACAGUUGUGAAAUCAUGUAGAAAUCAUGUGAUUUAUCUAUGACAUGGAGCAGGUAAAUAUUGAUGUAUGUAACAACACUCAGUUUUGUUUUCAUUGAUUUUAUUGAAAUGGGUAAUUUUUCUUUGACCUGAGAACAAACAAGACAACCCUGUUAUUCCAAAUAGGAUGUUUAGUUAUCUUAUUUUUAUUCUCAAAAACUUUGUUGAGCAAACUUGCAAUUUUUCCAUUCUGAAGGAAAUUGACAAUUUAGAAUUUUUUAAUACAGGGUAAAGGUUAAUGAUCAAACAUUGAGUUCAAAUUUAUUUAGUUGCAAAGAAUUUUAAUAACGCAUUUUCGAAAACCAUAGAGUGUGAAUUAAUAGACUUGGUUUGAGUCCUUCAUUUGGGGACAAAGUAUUUGAUCAAACAAGAGACUAAUGAUGUAGAACAAAAAGGCCAAGGUGACCAGAGUAUUCUGUUGAACAGAAGUCUGCUACAAAUGAAUUAAGUUAGCAAUAUUUCAGACGAGCAAUAGAGACACUGAUCAGAGACGGACAUUCAUGCCACUGGUGUUUGCUUUUAAAAUUCUAUAGUAUUUUAAAUGAAUAAAUCAUUGUAUAUCUUGAUUUUAA